AUGGUGUUUGCACUUGCUGCUGCUCAUGUAACAAACCCGGUAGUCAAGAAGAUAUACGAGGAGUGCCAUUACGAAUGUUCCAUAAAAGUAAGCAAACUCGACGCGCACUGGAUUCCAUGCGUUCCCAACUGCAUGGAAGUAAAACUAAAAGUUGCUUUGAAAAGCCAAAAAGACUCUAGAAGCUUUCUCGAGAAGAUUUUGGCAGGAUUUAGAAUCAAUUUUGUAGUUCCAUAUCAAUUGAAUAAAAAUUGA